AUGGAGUACCCAUAUGGGGCAGGUACUGUUAAGAUCAUACCUGCCUCUGCUCUUCGCGAUGUCUCACUCUACCAGCAGCACAAUCAAUAUUCCUACGAAUAUGGCCAGGAACCACUGGGGCACCCGAUAAACGGUGCCUACUACAUGGGUGGCGUCUACAAUCCCGCCUACCUCCAUGAGCCGUAUGGACACAAUGCUUAUAUAGCUUGCUUCUUUGUUUUAACCAUCAAGCAAAUAUUUGCAGAUCCAACCUACGGCGACACUGGACAGCAACAAUACCCUUACUAUGGAUACAAUUAUUCCCCCUAUUCCUAUCAAUCUGCAUAUCCCGGGGCCUAUGGCCCCUAUCCCGGCGCUUCUGGCGCCUAUCGACCCUAUCCCCAACCACAGCCCUCACCUCCUAGAAGGUCCCGAACAGCACCUUCACGACCGCGAUCAACUACCAAUAUGGGCACAUUAGGAGCUGAGAGUCGAAGGGGCGCUCGGGGCAUCUCGGCGGACCCAUUCGAUCGGCGACAGUACAAAGUUUACACAGGGGGCGCCACGGUCGUCGGUGCGCCGAAAAAACCACCACCAAUGUAUCGAAAGCGACGCGAACCGGUUGUAGGAAGAUACCAGGAAACGGAGUUUGGCGGCACAGAGUUCACACCCUACCAGCGGCAGUACUACGGGGCAGCGACUGCCGGCGAGACACAGACACAUCAAAACUUAACGCUACGAAGAAUGAGACCUUUCUAUGCACCAUCUUACACCACAUACCCACCAUCCAUAAUGCACCCAAAGCACUCCCAAAAUGGCAGAAGGUAUCCAACAUAUGCAAGAAUGGCCUUAAAGGCAGCCCAGUUGAUUCUUGGCGCUGCGAUUAUCGGUCUCGUACUAGGACCCAUGAAGGGGAACUCAUUCCAUGAUUUUGUGAUUAGGACCAACACGGAAUGGCAGGGGUUAGUGCUCGGCAUCGCCAUCAUUUUCUCGAUUUUCGCCGGUAUUCUGCUGCUCACCUCGUAUCUUGCGAACGACGUGCACGUUUGGCGUAAAGUGGACGGACUAAUAACUGCGGCUGGCUGCUUCUUUUGGCUUCUUGCCGCAUUCGUCGAAUCUUACUUUGCCGCGUGUUAUCCACCCAACGGGCCACGCAUCAAUCUUGUGUGCCAUCGUGCUGAAUGGAUUAUUGCUUGUAUACUUGCGUUUAUCAACUGCGUCGUCUACGUCGCAGACUUCGCAAUGUCCUGGAUGGCCGGAGUAUCAAUGCUCUAA